AUGACGAGGCAUACUGGUGUGGUCGUGAAGUGGUUGAACCACAAGGGUAUUGGUUUUAUUACCCCCGACAGUGUGAAGGAGAACGAGAAGGGCGAUGGCGAUGCAGACUCCAACGCCAGCGAUAUUCUGGUGCACUUCCAGCAUAUUCAGCAGACUUCCGGGGACGGAUUCAAGUCGCUGCAGAACGGGUCCCAAGUGGAGUAUGACUUGGAAGACGACCCGAAGCACCCGGGCGAGAAGAUGAUCGCAAUCAACGUGACCGGACCCGGCGGUGUCGACUGCACCCCGAAGCGGAAGGGCGGCCAAGGCGGAGGCGCCAGCAGCCCGGAAGGUAACAAGCCCAAGAACAACAACGGAAAGAAGGGAAAGGGCAAGGGCAAAAAGGGAAAGAAGGGCAAGGGCAAGGGAAAAGGUGGUUACGGCGCCAGCAGUAGCAACACCUACGAAGGCGAGGGGGAGCAGCAGGAGUACUUUCAACAAGGAGAUGUUUCAAUUUUAUUUUUCGGCAGAGUACGUAGAAACAAUAACAAAACAUACUAGAAGUGAAGUUUUUACACUUAGACGAAUAGAGCU